AUGACAACUAAUGAAAUUAUCUCUUACCAUGGCUAUCCAUCUGAAACACAUACUGUGACAACAGAUGAUGGUUAUAUACUCGAGUUACACCGUAUUCCAGGUGGUAAAGCAGCGGUUAAUUCUAGAAAUGAAUCAAAGUCUGUAGUAUUUCUACAACAUGGUUUUAUUGGUUCAAGCGCUGUCUGGGUGACAAAUUUACCAAAUCAAUCUGCCGGUUCAUUUGUAUUUGCUGAUGCCGGAUUCGAUGUAUGGAUGGGUAACGUUCGAGGGAAUACUUAUUCCACCAAACAUGUUAAAUAUACACAAAAUGAUUUAAAAUACUGGAAAUUUACGUUUGAUGAGUUUGCAAAAUAUGAUUUGGAUUCAAUGAUUAAUUAUGUGCUUAAUAAAACUUGCCAACGCUUCUUGUAUUAUAUUGGAUAUUCCGAAGGUACUCUAACAAUGUUUGCAAAACUUUCAAUCGAUCAACUUUUUGCACAAAAAAUUCGUAAAUUUUUUGCUCUGGGACCAAUUGGUACAUUAGCUCAUAUCAAAGGUUUAGUAGGAGUUGCUGGGAAAAAUUUUCUACGGCCACUUAAACUGUUGGUUAAAAUUACCGGCAAAUUUAUGCCCAACGAAUCAAUUUUUCAAAAGAUCAGUAAAUCAACUUGCUCUUUGAAAAGCGUCGUUGAGCAUUGUGAAAAUUUAAUGUUUCAAAUGACUGGGCCUGCUACUAUACAAAUGAAUGUGAGCCGAAUUCCAGUGUAUAUGAGUCAUUUGCCAGCUGGUACUUCAAUGGCAAAUGUUCUCCAUUGGGCGCAAAUGGUAAACAGUCAUAAAACACAAAUGUAUGAUUAUGGUUCAGAAAAUAAAAAUAUGAAACAUUACAAUAUGAAAACACCACCUCUUUAUAAUUUAUCACUAAUCAAUGCACCUGUUUACCUGUAUUGGAGUGAACAAGACUGGUUAGCUGAUAAACGUGAUAUUCAGGAUAGUCUGGUAGCUAAAAUACCGAGCAAAUAUUUGAUACAAAACAAUGAAUUGCAAAAUUUUAAUCAUUUUGAUUUUAUUUGGGGAAUUCAUGCUGCUGAUCAAAUAUAUAAGCCUAUCAUUGAGAUUAUAAGAAAUGAUGAAACUAAAUUAUAA